CACACACUCACACUCACGUGAUGCGUCAGAGGAUUUCACACGCCAGAGCAGGCGAAGGUCACGCAGACACAAAUAAAGCUCCGGCGGCUGAUCGCAGCUCAUAGGAGGAGUGUUGCUGCGGCGCCAGAGAUGAAGGAGCAGCAUCCGUCCAGACCGUGAGGAGGUUCCCCAGGCUCGGUCCACCUCAUCACCCCCCCUCCUGCAUCCUCCGGCGUCAUGGACGGAUUCCGGCUGCCGCCCGUUAUCGAGGAGGUGCUCGAUCAAUCCGACGAGCUGAAGGAGGACAAACCCAUCGUGCCAGCAGAGACCCUGACGUCCAAAGAGAGGGAGUCCCUGGACGGAGAGAAGGGUCUGCGGGAGGAAGAGAAGGAGUGGGAGGAGGAGAAGGGCAGCGACCGAGGAGGAGGAGGAGGACUGGAUGAUGAAGAAGAGGAGCUGGAGGAGCUGAGAGCUCAAGUGCUGCAGCUGCUGCAGGAGCUGGACGAGACCAGGGACGUCUCGCAGAGACACGAGGACAGCUUCCUGGAGAUGCAGGGUCAGCUGGAGGAGGAGCGGCUGGCCAGCGCCCUGCAGGCCGAGAACUUCACCCGGCAGAUCCAGAGGCUGCAAGCUCAGCUGCGGUCGGUCCAGGAGGAGAUGAACAGCCUGGAGGAGGAGAAGGAGAGCGAGCUGGAGGAGGUCCAGCAGGAGCUGCGCUCGGCCCAGGAGGAGGUUCUCAUCCUGCAGCAGGCGGCCGACGAGGUGGCGGCGGAGAGGGAGAACGACAUCGCCUCCCUGCAGGAGGAGCUGUGCCGCCUGAGGGCGGAGCUGCAGCGGCUGCAGGCCACGGCGGCCGAGUACGAGCUGGAGAUCACCACGCUGAGGGCCGAGAUGUGCAUGAGGAGCCGUGGCGCCACCACGCACGGUAACCAUGGUGACGCGGACCGGCUGCAGGAUGCCGUCGUCUCUCUGACCGACGAACGCCGGACUCUGAGCAGCAACAACGAGCAGCUGAGCGGCCGGGUGGAGCAGCUGCAGCAACGGCAGGACCCAUCUCACAGGUGCGACGAGGCGUACCUGGCGGUCCAGGAGCCGGACGAGGUGGUGAAGGCCGGCUCCUACAUCACUCUGGCCCAGUCCGGACCCGGAAGCCAGGUUCUGGACUCAGCGAGGGUCCAGGAGGACGUCGGCAGCCCGGAGAUCAGCACCCUGAAGGUCCAGCUGAUGCGAGCCGAGGAGACGGCCCAGAAGGUGCAGAGAGAGUGCGACGGCCUGAAGGGUGAGCUGGCCGAGCUGCAGCUGCGCUACAAUGGCAGCCAGCAGGAGCGGGCGGUGCUGGACCUCGAGCUGCAGCGCUGCAGGGCCGAGCUGCAGACGCUGCUCGGCAGGAAGUCGCAGAAAUGCACUCGUCCAUCUGAGCCCCCUGUCCUGUCCAUUCCCAUCAUAGGAUUGAUUGUAAUAGUGGCCUUGAUUUGGUGCUGGUGGGAGGAGCUGGCAUCCUAGAGGGGACCAGAGUGACUCUGAACCCUGGAACCUGGUGGUGGCGGCGGUUGCCGUGGCGGCCAUUGUGGUUCUGGUGGUCCCCAGCUUCACCAGGGCCUGAGGACUAACAGGAAGUGACCUCACAGUGGACCAAAGGCCUGCGGGAUUGCCAUCAUCCAACCAUGUCACUGUCCCGAUGUCUGCCUGUAGCUCCGCCUCCACGCUUCGCCCGAACGCCACCGACGUCGUGAGUGUGGCAGGAAAAGCAUCUCGAUUACUCUUCCUGCCAAGCCGGGCGCCGAUUAACCGAUCGGUGCAGCAUCGCGACCUGCCAACUGAUGUGAAGGAUUCAUGUGAUCGCGGUCGGGGGAAGGACAGGAUUACAUGUUAACCCGGAGAAUCAUGUACUCUUAUCAUCAGUCCUGCUUAACCAGAUGUGUUUUUAAGAAUCUAAGCAUUAUAUUUCAGUACAAGUGACAGUUGUUUAAACAUUUAUAUCCAUAAGGAAUCAAAACUGUCAAAACAUUUGAUGUAAUCUGUCUCGUAUUGAAUUUAAAAUUUAGUUCAUCGUGGAGGAACGAUGGAAGCACGCGGCUAAAAUAUCUGAGCCUUGCGCCUCGUUUCCACUCGCCCUCAACCUGACCUCAUGACACAUGGAGCAUACCCAGUGGCGUUCACUGGAUGCUAGCGCAGGCAUUACUCGAGUUGAGGGGGGAUGAGGGGGGAUGGCAUCCCUCCUGAAAUAAAAACGGUCAAAAUCUUACCCCCUGUAAAACUGCCAUCCCCCCUUUCCAUCCCUUAUGUCAUUUCAUCAAUGAAUGUGGUUUUACUGCUAUUUCAACAUUUAGAGUAGAAAAAUUACUUAUUUGACAAUU